AUGGACAAUAAAGGGCAUGAUUAUUCAUCGGGUGUUUGGCAAUUUGAGGCAAAUGGAUAUGUUCCAAGUGGUUCGUCUUGUGUGUCAAUAAUGCAAAUCUUUGGAGCAUCACCAACAUCCACAACUUUAUUGCUAAGAGUUUACAAUGGGGACCUAACUUACUAUAGAGAAGUGAUUGAACGAAACAUUUAUAAUAGAUGGUUCAGGCUAAAUGUCAUUCAUGAUGAUGGUGCAAGUAAAUUAAAGGCUUAUACUAAUGGAAUUCUCAAGCAUGAAGCAUCAGGAAGAGGUGGAGACCAUCAUUAUUUUAAGUUUGGAGUUUAUGCACAGGAUAAUGAGUCUGAUCGUAUGGAGUCUCGUUGGAAACUUGGAGAGGGAUUAAGCUUUACAAGAAAUAAGCACUACAACAAAUUUGGCCUAAGGCCUCACUAA